GCGCCUCGCGCUGAUGAGAGGAUGUGGGCUGGUCCCCUCCCGGCACCCGUAGAACCCCCGUGGGUGACCUGGCCUUAGACGAUUACCUUCCGGGGCGGUGUGCGUCUCGGGGAGAAAGCGGAGCCGUGCGGUUCUUAAAAAUCCCCUUCUCGAGACUUCCGGAAUCCCUCUUCCGGCACCAGAAGUCUUUGUGUGUGUCUGUGCGUGUAGGAGUGUACCCUAAAAGUACGCCCCGCCAUUCUCCUUCUCCGCUCCCUCUUCUGCUACUUCCUCCUUGCUUUCUGGACCGGAAGAGUCCUGGAGCCAAAAUAGCUCGGCGGGCACUUCCGGGACAGGAGCCCAGGGUUCCGGGAGGGUGCUGGCAGGAGAGGGAGAGGCGGCGGCGGCGGCGGCAGCUGGAGGAUGAAGAAGGAGCAUGUGCUGCACUGUCAGUUCUCCGCGUGGUACCCGCUGUUCCGAAGCCUCACCAUCAAGAGUGUCAUUCUUCCACUUCCUCAGAAUGUGAAGGACUAUUUGCUCGAUGAUGGAACUCUGGUGGUUUCAGGAAGGGAAGAUCCACCAGCACGUUCUCAGCCAGACAGUGAUGAUGAGGCAGAAGAAAUACAGUGGUCGGAUGACGAGAACACGGCCACGCUCACGGCACCAGAAUUUCCCGAGUUCACUACCAAAGUCCAAGAAGCUAUCAAUUCCCUGGGUGGCAGUGUGUUUCCUAAGCUUAACUGGAGUGCCCCACGGGAUGCCUACUGGAUAGCAAUGAAUAGUUCUCUGAAAUGUAAAACCCUCAGCGACAUCUUUCUGCUGUUCAAGAGUUCUGAUUUCAUCACUCGUGACUUCACUCAACCAUUUAUUCAUUGUACUGAUGAUUCCCCAGAUCCUUGUAUGGAAUAUGAGCUUGUUCUUCGAAAAUGGUGUGAAUUAAUUCCUGGGGCUGAGUUCCGAUGUUUUGUCAAGGAAAACAAGCUUAUUGGUAUUUCUCAAAGGGACUACACGCAGUACUAUGAUCAUAUUUCUAAACAAAAGGAAGAAAUUUGCAGAUGCAUACAAGACUUUUUCAGGAAACACAUACAGUAUAAAUUCUUAGAUGAAGACUUUGUGUUCGAUAUAUACAGAGACAGUAGGGGGAAGGUGUGGCUAAUUGAUUUUAAUCCCUUUGGUGAAGUAACAGACUCACUAUUGUUUACUUGGGAAGAACUGAUUUCUGAAAGAAACCUAAAAGGUGAUUUUCGCGAAGGAGAUGCUCUGGAGCAGGAUUCUCCAGCUUUCCGUUGCACAAACAGUGAAGUUACCGUUCAGCCGAGUCCCUAUCUGAGCUGUCGACUGCCCAAGGACUUUGUAGAUCUCUCCACUGGGGAAGAUGCUCACAAACUCAUCGAUUUUCUUAAACUGAAAAGAAAUCAGCAAGAGGACGAAUGACCAGAGUGCCAGAGUUCAAGACCGAGUUACAGAGGAAACCACUGCUCCUUCGGGAGGCUGCUCAUGGUUCACGACUUCCUACUGACCCAGUCGGAUGGGGUGGGGUGGGCUAUGUGGAAAUCAGUAGCUUUUUAUAUUCAUGUAUAUUAAGCUGGAAAAAAAUGGAAGGACUUUGCUACUUGUAAAAAUAAUGUAAUAAAUAGAUCUUAAACAUAGGAAACCAUACUGUUCUGAUGAUAAAAUACUUUCUAUGAAAUAC